CCAGAAGGGAGUCUCGGGCUUACUUCCGAGCGGCGGGCCCCAACAUGUUCUGCGGAAUCAUCGUCUCGGGCUAAUAGCCCGGUGGGCACCAGGCAGAACAGGGCUUUCUCUGCUUGUCCUGUUUCCGUGUUGCAUAUAUAACAUCACAUCCUCACAGGCAGGAGUGUCGCCGUUGGUGUGCAGAGCCGAGGCAUUGACCGCUAAUCGGUAGCUUCUUACGCUGUAGCAGAAUCGAUCGUCACCCAGACCGGCACAUCUUCGUCUCUGUCUCUUCCUACUUCACCCCUUCAGUUCUCUUUUACUCCGUCGGAAUAGCACCCUUCAGACAGAAAAAAAAAGACGGCGACAGUAGCACCCAGUCACCCUCCCACCAUGUCCGGCAUCAACACGACCGAGUCGUCCCUCCUCGACGCCUUGAUCCAGUGGAAGUUCUUCCCCGACGUCAACACCUUCGGCAUACCCGACUUCUCGAAGCCGGUUCCGGCCUGGCCGUUCGACUUCUCGAACGCCCUGCUCCGCACAGUCGUCUACCCAGUCUCCUUGAACGGGUACAUCGCCCUGAUCUUCGCCACCACCUACUUUCUGUCCGUGCACCACUUCAACAAGGUGGUCCAGAACCGCCAGAUCGAACAGUUCCAGAAGACCAACCCGGGUGAAAAGCUGCCUAAGAACCUCAAGCAGCUCAAGGCCGCCCCUUUCAAGAUCGCAACAUGGCGCAUCUUCAAGGUCUUGGUCUUCCUGCAUAACGUCUUCCUCUGCGUCUACUCCGUCUGGACCUUCAUCGGCAUGACCAGAACCAUCAACCAGAUCUCCCACAAGGUUUUCGCCGUCCUCUUCCAGGACGUCAAGUCCAGCCCCUUGUCCAGGACAGAGCUCUUCUGGCACUGCGUCUGCAACAACAACAACACCACAGACAACAUCUGGUCCAACUCGCAAGACUUGAACGUCAAGGGUUUGACCUUCUACGCUUACCUCUUCUACCUCUCCAAGUACUACGAGAUUCUCGAUACCGCCAUCAUCCUUCUCAAGGGCAGACCUUCCUCCUUGUUGCAGAGCUACCACCACUCGGGCGCCAUCCUCUGCAUGUGGUCCGGAGUUAGAUACAUGUCCUCCCCAAUCUGGAUCUUUGUCGUCUUCAACUCCUUCAUCCACUCCUUGAUGUACUUUUACUUCUCCCUCUCCUGCAUCAAAAUCAGGCUUCCAAAGUGGUUCAAGCAAUCCUUGACCUCUUUGCAGAUACUCCAAUUCGUCAUCGGCGGCUCCCUUGCCGUCGUCCACUUGUUUGUCAGAUACUACGACUCCGUCAACGGCAGCUUCAGCAGCUGCAUUGCCACCAGCGAACAGGCACUGGCUGUCUACAUCAACGUCUUCUACCUUGCUCCGUUGACCCUCUUGUUUGCCGCCUUCUACAUUGACUCCUACAAGAAGAAAAAGGCCAUCGUUUCUAAAAAGAAGAUCUAAACUCCGGUACUACUGAACAUGAUAGACCAGUAUGUCGGCCUAGGACUCUCGCACACACUCUUAUUCCUCUUCUUCUAUUACUUCAUUUCACGCUUACAUUCCGUCAUGUAUACACUUUUUAUAUAUCCCAGUCUAAUCUAAUUCCGAACAUCAAAGGAUGAGUAUUCCCCUCCCGCUCUUUGCUUGGCAACCGCUC